AGAAUGGACUUGGAUGUAAUAAAUUAUGCUUAUCUGCAGAGAUCACAGUUGUGUUCAGGUCAUAGAGCCUACUCAAUAGAUCAACACGCCUCCAACCACAACCUAACCAUCUCCUCUGACCCACACUGGCAAUGGCCUUCAGCCCUAUACUGUGUAGGGUUCUAACUUCAGUAACCACAUCCUUGUACACAGGAAGUAGAGUCAUGAGUAUGCAAUUUAUGCUCUAGAGGCUCUGCAAUUGGAGACUGUGUUGCCCUCUGUAGCCAUGGCAUUAGAGAAACAAUUUUGUGGUUCAGCGAUGUCAUUUUAUGUAAAAUAGAAAACCCCAUGGUAGCACUGAGGUGUGAGAGAAGAGCAAGCGAGAUACAAGGGAAAGAGGGAUACCUAGUCAGUUAGUGCAUCGUCAAACAGUCCUACCUGACACAGAUUUCAUAGGAUCAGCUUCUGGGACAAAUGAAGCCCCAUCAUAUCAUCGUCUUCCUCACUCUCCAGCUUCUCUCCAUAGAGGUCCCAGAGGUGUUGGCUGUGGCUGAGACAAGGACAGCCUUUGAGGGUCAGUCCAUCAUUUUGACCUUACCUAGUGAGCAGAUUGAACCUCAAAGUCGGGUUGAAUGGAGAUAUAGCCAACCUGGAAAAAAUAAGCUGCUGUCUAUAGUACAAUUUUUCAAAGAUGGUGACCACAAGACAACCAUCUUUAACAACCGGAUGCAGAUCCAGAAUAAUGGAUCUCUGAGUAUCCAGGUUCUCCGUCAGGGAGAUUCAGGGGAUUACACCUGCAGUGUGGUCUCCACAGGCAGAACCAUCCAGACAUACAUUGUUACAUUGAAUGUGCAGGUGGACAGGGAAUCACACCCAACUGUCAGUGUCAUCUCAGAUUCACAGAACAUGACUGCAACCAACACUUCAUCUAGCACCCCAGAUGUGCCAGUUGGUGGGGCUACAGGGGUAGCACUGUGGAUUAUCAUCACAGCGGGUGGAUGCUCAGCGGUGUUUCUUACUAGUGUGCUGGCUGUGGUUGCAUUUCAAUGGAGAAAGAGGCAAAGAUACAGCACAGAUGAACCGGUCUACAGUAACACCGCCUACAUCAGACACCGGCACCGUCAUGCCAGGGACGCCUGCCAAUCAUGUUAACACUCCGGGAGUUACCAGAGCAAUGACAGGUUCUAGCACAGGAAGGGGGAUGAUAGGAGAAAUGUCUUGAGUGAUAAGGAUGAGAGGGAAAGGAGAGAAAAAGAUGUAGAGAAAAUAAGAGAGGGAUGCAAUUCCAGCUUGAUGGUGGAGAGCAAGACCAGGUGAUAGGGUGAGAUCGGAGAUGCAUGAGAGGAACUUCAUUACAUGUCGAGUUUCAAUAAACAAUUGAACUGAA